GAGAAAGAGGAACAAACGAUCUGCAAAACAAACCCGAGAGGGAAAAAGAAAGAGGGGAGGGGGAGAAAAGGAAAAGAAAAAGGAAAGGGAAAAAGCAGACCAAGAAGAAGCCGAAGCAGCAGCAGCAGAAGGGGAAAAGAGGCAAGUCUGGCCCAGCAGGGAAAAAGCCCCCAAGCAAACAAAAGGGGGCGGGAGUGGAUUGGGGAUGCCAGGCACCCACUGGCCGCUAUUGGACUGGAUGUCCGCACGGCUCGGAUAGCCUGGUGGAGUCGCACGUCGUCCAUUCCCUUCUUGGGGGGUCUGGCUACUGUUCGGAUCCAUGGAGAGGGACCAUCGAUGAGACUGGACGAGGACAUGAACGACCUGUCUAG